AUGGAUCCACUGUUUAGUCCGCCGCUUCACAGACAGAGACAUCAGUUUGUAAUCGAUUUUGUCAAGCGAAACAAACCCCAAAAGGUGGUGGACUUGGGAUGCAGUGAGUGCAGCCUUCUCAAAAAGCUGAAGUUUCACCGUGAGAUUGAACUCCUGGCUGGAGUGGACAUCAACGGCGCCAUAGUAAAAAAAAAGAUGCAUGGAUUAGCUCCUUUAUCAGCUGACUAUCUGCAGCCAAGUUAUGAUCAGCUGCGCAUUGAGCUGUACCAGGGCUCAGUCACACAAAAAGACGUCCGCCUCAGAGGAUUUGAUCUGGUGACCAGUAUAGAGCUCAUAGAGCACCUCACUCUUGAUGAUGUGGAGCGCUUCUCUGAGGUGGUAUUUGGUUACAUGACCCCAGCGGCAGUUAUUGUCAGCACCCCAAACUCUGAGUUCAACCCCCUUCUCCCUGUACUGGCAGGUUUCAGACACAGUGACCACAAGUUUGAGUGGACCAGAGCAGAGUUCCAGUCCUGGGCUCUGAAGGUGUGUCUGGAGUACGGUUAUGAAGUUGAGUUCACUGGCGUCGGACAGGCGCCGCCAGGCCAGCAGGAGAGAGUCGGCUUCUGCUCCCAGAUUGGUGUGUUUCACCGGCUCGGGGGCAGAGUUAGCCGCAACAUGUUCAAUGGUGAUGAUGCCGAGGAUGUGUUUUCAUACACACAACUGUACAGUAUAAACUACCCCAGCCUGCGUGACAACAACAUCUUGCGGAGGGUCCUGGCAAGUGAGGUGUUGUACUGGGCAGAAAAGCUGAAGAGAAGGUGGAUGGAGGAAAAGACUGGUGAGAGGGAUGACGGUUAUACACUGUCCCAGACUGAGGGAGGAGCAGAGGAAUGUGUCAGAGCCUCAGAACAAUGCAUGGGGAUGGAGGAGAAACAGACAGGAGUAUGUGGAGGAGAGAUGAAACAUCCAGUGAAACAAUGUGGCAGAGGUGUGGCAGAGGUUCAGGAAGUAGAGGAUGAAGAGCUGUUUUGGACAGACAGGAAAGCGCAACUGGAGUCUUGCAGACUGCACAGGUGUGUGUCUGUACCUCUGGCUGUGCUGUGGUCCUGUUGUCCCAAAGUCAGUGCCCUAAGUGGAAGUCUCAAUAAUCUCAGACAUCUCCUGAUGGAUGAGCCCAAUGUUAAACUGAACCAGGACGGCUCUGCAGUGCUUCUACAGGAGCAAGAAGAAGAAGAGGAUAAUAAUGUUUUGGAGGACAGCGGGUAUGGAGAGGCUAGCCAGUGCUCCCACAGUGCUGAGCAGGAGGGAGGCUGGGAGAAAAAUGAUUGA